UCAUUGGACGCCACUGUGUAGCACAGAUGGGGUCCUUUGUGUUGAUAAAGCAAUGACGCUGGGUUGUGACGUCCUCUUUAACCGCUACCCGAGAGGAGGAAAGGAACUUUAAGUCCAACAUCCAUCAUUAAUGUCAACCAUGGCCGAGGAAGGCACCGUUGCUGCUGCUGGAGGUGUGAUGGAUGUCAACACUGCCCUCCCUGAAGUGCUCAAGACCGCACUCAUCCACGAUGGCCUCGCCCGUGGUAUCCGUGAGGCUGCUAAGGCCCUGGACAAGCGUCAAGCCCAUCUCUGCGCCCUUGCAGGCAACUGCGAUGAGCCCACAUACGUCAAGCUGGUGGAGGCCCUCUGUGCUGAGCAUCAGAUCAACCUGAUAAAGGUGGAUGACAACAAGAAGCUCGGUGAGUGGGUCGGUCUGUGUAAGAUCGACCGCGAGGGCAAACCCCGCAAGAUCGUGGGCUGCAGCUGCGUCGUGGUCAAGGACUACGGCAAGGAGUCUCAAGCCAAGGACGUGAUUGAGGAAUACUUCAAGGGCAAGAAAUAAAAUGUCAAUAAAAAGUGGAAAUGGAA